AUGGAGCGACGCUGCCAGGAGGGCGAUCCUGAAGAUGUUCCUGACUGGUACCGCUCUCAAGUGGUAUCGGGACUGGCGAUCGGUGAACCCAGCCGCGUCGAAGGAGAAGAAGAGAUAGAACGAGACCUACCGCGAGUUUGCGGAUCGUCCGCUCCAAAUGGCGGACGCUCUCGAAGGAGGGAAGUCGCUCGGCAUUCUCUCGUUGCGUUCGUGCGUAAUGUGUACCCGAAUCGGCAGUGGCCACUGUCAGCCGCAAGGCCGAGUCUGACGGACGCCUCCCCGACAAGGCCAAGUCAAAGUCAGCUACGCCAUCUACGCAAGCGUCGAAGGAGAAGCACAAGAGCACCCGGCGCCCUGAAUCCGAGAUCGAGACCAACCAAGAAGCCCGAGGGCGCUAAGAAACGUGCGGCCGAAGCCAACGCCACUGUCGUGGAGCGCAAAAAGAGACACAUGUUAAUCAACUUAUCGUCGGCGAAGUCGAGAAUCAUCUGCUGGGAGUGCAGCGGCACGGGCCACACCCAAGCCUUUCACCAGAAAUUCCUCCAACGCCAAGUCGACCAUGCGGACGACACGGAAGCCCACGCUCAGCUCGCCGACGAUGACUCAGACCACGACAAGGAAAUGGCGGAAGAAGACGAGCACGUCGACGAAGAAUGA